ACAACAAACCAAUUUUCAAAUUCAAACCCUAACGCUCUCCCAAUCUGCUUCUAACACGCACACACACAGUGAAAUCAAUUUCAUCAAUUCAAUCCGAUCCGAUCUGAUCGCAAUUAUGAAGUCCUUCUCAGAGAUCUCGCGAAACAGAUCAUCCGGAAGUCUUUCGAUCUCGUCAAUUCGAAACCUAAUUCCGAGAUCUGGAGCUGUGAAGAACAAAAUUAGUUCAGGUUCAAACCCUAAGAUAUUGCGAUUUAACGCUGAAAAUGUUCCGCCUGAGGAUGUGAAUGUUACGGUUAAUGAAUCGCGUUCGGUUGUGAAGGAAUCGAAGAGAAACGUCGCCCAUUUGGAGACUCGGCAGCAUGAAGAGGUGCCGUUUGCUGCAGAUCCGCAUGUGAAGGUUAUAGCGAGGAUUAGACCUCCUAAUUCUCAGGAAAGAGAGGAUUAUACGGUUCGGAAAGUUUCUGAUAAUUCGGUAGCCGUAGGGGAUCGGAAGUUUACUGUGGAUGCGGUCAUCGAUUCGAAAUCUAGCCAGGAGGAUGUGUUUCAGUUGGUUGGUGUUUCCAUGGUUAAGAGUGCAAUGGCAGGUUACAACACUUCUAUGGUGGCUUAUGGACAGACUGGUAGUGGAAAAAGUUACACGUUGUGGGGUCCACCUGGUGCGAUGGUUGAAGAUCGAUCAGCCAGUGGUGAUCUGGGAAUUGUUCCGCGCAUCUUCCAGACGCUGUUUGCUGAAAUCGAAAGAGAACAAGAGCAAACAGAAGGUAAACAGAUAAAUUAUCAGUGCCGCUGUUCUUUCCUCGAGAUAUACAAUGAACAAAUUGGGGAUUUGCUUGAUCCAACCCAAAGAAACCUAGAGAUUAAAGAUGAUGCUAAACAUGGGUUUUAUGUUGAGAAUCUGACUGAGGAAUACGUGACGGGAUUUGGAGAUGUUACUCAAAUUCUGAGCAAGGGCCUCUCCAAUAGAAAAGUUGGAGCAACAAGCAUAAACACCACAAGUUCAAGAUCUCAUAUUGUGUUUACAUGUGUCAUUGAGUCUUGGUGCAAGGACUCAAAGAAUUUAGGUAGUUCAAGAACAAGCAGGAUUACACUUGUGGAUCUUGCUGUAUCCGAGAAGAACAGAAUCAACGAUGCUGGUAGAGAGUGUGUCAAAGAAGGCGAAUUUGUAAAAAAGUCCAUAUCAGAACUUGGAAAUUUGGUUAAUAUCCUUGCUGGUACAAACCGGUCUGGAGAAUCUAAAGACAUCCCAUACAACAAUUCGUGUUUGACUCAUUUGCUGAGGGAAUCACUUGGAGGCAACUCAAAGCUUACUGUUAUAUGUACCAUCUCCCCAGAUGACAAGUGUUCUGCUGAAACUAUCAGCACACUCAGAUUCGGACAUCGCGCAAAACUUAUGCACAAUAAUCCGGUAGUAAACAAAUUAACAGAAGAUGAUGUCAAUGAUCUCAGUGAUCAAAUUCGUACACUGAAGGAAGAGCUAAUACGAGCAAAAACAGAUCCUAGUUAUAAAAAUGGAAGUGUACGUCAAAGCUUAAAUCAGUUAACAGUGAGUCUUAAUCGUUCACUGAUCUUCCCAAAAUUUGACACUGAUUUGAAAGAAGAAGUGGAUGUUGACGAACAUGAUGUUAAAGAUUUACAACUUAAGUUUGAUAUGUUACAUAGUUCUUCUGAUGAUGAAUUUCAAGAAACCUCUGAAACUAGAGGCACAAGGUUUUUCUCUACGGGCGGUUGUGAGGGUGACGUGGCAGGUGAACAAUAUGCCAGCUGUCAAGAAGAUAGUGAAAAUGAAGAAACUUCUUCAGAAGAACCUGAAACUGAUGCAUUUGAUGAUCCUACAUUAUCAGAAUCCCCAAAAUUUGGUCAUGUCAUGCAAAAAAGUGUGGUUCUUUGUCAAGAUAAUGCAGCCCGGGAAUCAUUAAAGAUGUUUGCGGGUCCCACUGGAUCACUGGCGGCUAGUCUUCAAAGAGGAAUGGAGAUCAUCGACAACCACCAAAGGAGCUCGGUUUUUAACAGAUCCUUGGUUGCGUUGUCGUUUGAUCAUUUGGCUACAAACACAAAUGAUGGGUCUACAACAAAGAGCAAAUAUAUCUGUUCAAAUUGCCAGCAAAGAGGGUCUAAUGAUGUUGAUGAAAGCUUUAAGACAUGGGUUGUUGGAAAGCAUAAUCCAGGAAAUUCCAAUGAAGUUGCUGCAGAAAACAUUAAGAAAGUGAAAGAUCUUGAAACUCUUUGCAUGCAACAAGCAGCAGAGAUCGAGAAGCUGAAUGAUCUGGUAUUGCAAUACAAACAAGAGAGAGAAGGUGAAACAUCGCUGCUUGAUGAGCUAAGAAAUGGCAACACUUCAAGUUACAGCCAAUCAAAGACUUUCGACGAUACCGAAAAGGAAUCACUGCUCCAAGAAAUCAAAUCUUUAAGAACCAAACUCCAAUCACCUUCAAACAAAUCCAUCGACAUGUUAAGAUCAUCACUCCACUUGAGAAAAACCAGCACAACCCAUACCGAAGACUUCCAAACCGAAAGAUGGACAGAAAUGGAAAGCGAGUGGAUCUGUUUAACCGACGAGUUAAGAGCCGACCUGGAAGCCAGCCGACAUCAUUCUGAAAAACUCGAAACAGAACUAGAGUCAGAGAAAAAACAUACAGAAGAACUAGAUGAUGCACUCAUGAGAUCUAUUGACAGUCAUGGUAAGAUGGUGGAACAUUAUGCAGAUUUACAAGAGAAGUAUACGGAAUUGGAACAGAAGCAUAGGUUGAUACUAGAAGGGAUUGCAGAGGUGAAACGGGCGGCUGCGAAGGCUGGAGCGAAGGGUCAUGGGAAGCGGUUUUCGAAGUCGUUGGCGGCUGAGCUGUCGGUUUUGAGAGUUGAGAGGGAGAAGGAGAGGGAGAUGUUGAAGAAGGAGAAUAGGAGUUUGAAGAUUCAGCUUAGGGAUACUGUGGAAGCAGUUCAUGCUGCUGGUGAGUUGCUUGUUAGGUUGAGAGAGGCUGAGGAAGCAGCAGCGGUUGCACAGGAAAACUAUGCAAACAUUCAGGAAGAAAGCGAUAAACUAAAGAAGAAAAUAGAAAAACAAAAAAGAAAACACCAAUUGGAGAUGGUCACAAUGAAACAAUAUCUUGCUGAGGACAGAUUGCCUGAAUCUGCAUUACGACCUUUCUAUAGGGAAGACUCGAAUGUCAAUGAAAAUGAUGAUGUUGAUGAUGAAGCUUGGAGGGCUGAAUUUGGAGCAAUAUAUCAAGACCAUUUUUAAGUCUUGCAAGCUAUUCUUUGUUAGUUAAAUUCUUAUUUAUUGUGUUUUUAAGGUUGCUUUUGUUCUUGUCAUCUAGAGAACCACCAGUAGUGGUUUCUUGAUGACAAGAGUUGGUGUUUUUAUUAAAAUUUUUUAAAUCUUAAAAAUGUAUUUGACCACAUAGAAUAACAUAUAAAGUAUUUGUUGGAAAUAUAUAUUUAUGUUUUAUUGACCGA